AUGGUGCCUUCGGCCAACCUCCUUGGGUUCGCCGGCGGAGAACUCGCGAAAAAAGCUUCCCAAAGCUCAAUUCUGGCGAACCUUCUGCUUUGUCUCGGCCUAUGCUUUUUCUGUGGAGGCAUUGGACGUGAAAAUCAGUCAUUUCAUGAGGCUGUCAGCGAAGUAGGCUCAGGGAUCUUGCUAGUUGCAGGCUUUGGGCUUUUAAUCCCUAGUGCGUUUUAUGUGACCCUGAAGAGCAAUUCGUCGGAUACACAUGUACAGUUGUCGUCGCAAGCCUUGAAUCGGUCAACUUUGAUCAUCAGCAGAGCCACAGCCGUCAUCCUUCUAGUGGCCUUUCUGAUGUAUCUAUUUUACAACCUUCAUAGCCAUCAUAGCAUCUUUGAUGAAGUGCUUGAGUUCGACGAGCGCCAAGACGAAGAUCGCGAGAAAGUACUAAAGCGGGCAAAACUUACCCUUAUCGAAUGCCUCGCUGCUGUUGCUAUCUCACUCGCUUGUGUCUGCAUGUCUGCCGUCUUCCUGGUGGAAGAGAUCGAGCAUAUAGUAAACGAAAGAGGAGUGUCGGACAACUUUAUGGGCCUAAUUCUAGUUCCCUUGGUCGAGAAAGCGGCAGAGCACUUGACUGCCAUUGACGAAGCCUGGGAUAAUCAGAUCAACUUUGCACUCUUUCACUGCCUUGGCCCGUCAAUUCAAACGGCGCUGUUGAACGCACCCAUUGCAGUACUUGUAGGCUGGGGUAUUGGUAAGGAUAUGGGUCUGAAUUUUGAAAUCUUCAUGAUAGUACUGGUUGUUUUAUCCAUCCUAGUUGUCGGGAACUUUCUCCGAGAUGGCAAGUCGAAUUACCUGGAAGGAGGCCUCUGCGUGCUGGUCUACGUAAUCAUUGCGGUGAGCACGUGGUACUAUCCUCGAAUCGUACCCGAAGAAGAACUCACACUGUAUUCGAAGCUCGAAAGCUCCGGUGACUUGCAAAGCAUUCUCACCAGCACAAACAUGGACGUGAUCCAACCACUUCAAGACAAUGAUCUUUGGCACGCGAUCCAAAUAUUAGAUGCUUCUACGGGUGCAAUUACAAAACAGGUAGCAAGUUUGGAAUUGCAAUAUGGGGGUAUAAACAUGCAAUCUCAGUCGAAUGAUGGACGGAAGUUGUGUCAGAAUAGGGAUGUUGCAAGACUAUGCCAGAAGCAUAAGUCAUGGAGGCAGAAUAUCGCUGCUGCGUCUAGUGAUCUUGCUCACGUGCUGGAACUGGAUCUGAGAAGUGAAUCAGAGCGAGCGACGACAGAGGGCAAAAGACUACUGUCCACCCUGACAACACGAUUAAAGGAAGACGAUAGAUUAAUUGUGGUACUGGAAAGACUUUCUGCUCAAAUUGAAUUUACCGGGCAGGAUGAGACUAUUGUGGAACAGGCUUCUGGGCGAAGCAGAGUUCUUGCCCAGUGCAUUUCUGACGAGAUCCAGCACCGGCUUGAUCGGUUAUACCUGGAAAGCUUACAAAGAGGUUUGAUGGAGACACAAAGCAAGCCUCAACAGGCUGAAGACGAAGCUCUGGUCGCGUUAAAGGGUGAGCUCGAUUCGUUAUAUCCGGAGAUUUCGAUACUGGCGGAGAUGUCUACGAGACAGGAAUUCACAGAACCAAUGGUACAUGAGCUAGGCAGCCACCAUGGCAAGUUGCGUAUUGAUUUCCAUCAAAAGCUGGAUUAUGUUCUGGAUGUUAUCUCAAAGAUGGCCUCUUAUACAGGGACCCUCAUCAGGCGCCUGCAGGAUCGGGAGUCAUUUUGUGGGAUGCUUGAAACCAUCGCUGCUGCGCAUCAAUCGGAAGUCGGUGACCUGUUCACUGCUCAGACUACAUCGACACGGGAAGCCCUGAGGCAUGCCUUCGUGCAGUUAACGCCGACAUUCAUUUCUUCCAAGAAUCGAGAUGCUCCGGUUUCCGACACUCUGUCACUGGCGAAGCUGUUGCGCCGCGAAGGGCUAUCGCUGGAAUCUAUCCUCGAUUCGGAAAAGCCAGAUUAG